GGCAGUGGGGGCCUGACAGCGCGGCGGUGUGAACCGAGCGGCCGAAGAGCGCGGCGCCCAGAGCGCGGGCCGCUCGCGGAGCCACAGCCCGAGCCGGGUCCCAGCCGGAGCCGAGCCCCAGCCGAGCCGAGCCGGGCCCGGAGCGCCCAGUGCCCGCAGCCAUGCCGGCCGGCCGCGCCGCGCGCACCUGUGCGCUGCUCGCCCUCUGCCUCCUGGGCGCCGGGGCCCAGGAUUUCGGGCCGACGCGCUUCAUCUGCACCUCGGUGCCCGUGGACGCCGACAUGUGCGCCGCGUCCGUGGCCGCCGGCGGCGCCGAGGAGCUCCGGAGCAGCGUGCUGCAGCUCCGCGAGACGGUGCUGCAGCAGAAGGAGACCAUCCUGAGCCAGAAGGAGACCAUCCGCGAGCUGACCGCCAAGCUGGGCCGCUGCGAGAGCCAGAGCACGCUGGACCCCGGGGCCGGCGAGGCCCGGGCGGGCGGCGGCCGCAAGCAGCCCGGCUCGGGCAAGAACACCAUGGGCGAUCUGUCCCGGACACCGGCCGCCGAGACGCUCAGCCAACUCGGGCAAACUUUGCAAUCGCUCAAAACCCGCCUGGAGAACCUCGAGCAGUACAGCCGCCUCAAUUCCUCCAGCCAGACCAACAGCCUCAAGGAUCUGCUGCAGAGCAAGAUCGAUGAGCUGGAAAGGCAGGUGCUGUCCCGGGUGAACACCCUGGAGGAGGGCAAGGGGGGCCCCAGGAACGACACCGAGGAGAGGGUCAAGAUCGAGACCGCCCUGACCUCCCUGCACCAGCGGAUCAGCGAGCUCGAGAAAGGUCAGAAAGACAACCGCCCUGGAGACAAGUUCCAGCUCACGUUCCCACUGCGGACCAACUAUAUGUAUGCCAAGGUGAAGAAGAGCCUGCCGGAGAUGUACGCCUUCACUGUCUGCAUGUGGCUCAAGUCCAGCGCGGCGCCAGGGGUGGGCACGCCCUUCUCCUAUGCUGUGCCCGGCCAGGCCAAUGAGCUGGUCCUCAUUGAGUGGGGCAACAACCCCAUGGAGAUCCUCAUCAAUGACAAGGUGGCCAAACUGCCUUUUGUCAUCAAUGAUGGCAAGUGGCACCACAUCUGCAUCACCUGGACCACCCGGGACGGGGUCUGGGAGGCCUACCAGGAUGGCACGCAGGGUGGCAGUGGCGAGAACUUGGCACCCUAUCACCCCAUCAAGCCCCAGGGCGUGCUGGUGCUGGGCCAGGAGCAGGACACUCUGGGUGGUGGGUUUGAUGCCACCCAGGCAUUUGUGGGUGAGCUGGCCCACUUCAACAUCUGGGACCGCAAGCUGACCCCUGGGGAGGUCUACAACCUGGCCACCUGCAGCACCAAGGCACUGUCUGGCAAUGUCAUCGCCUGGGCUGAAUCGCACAUUGAGAUCUACGGUGGAGCCACCAAGUGGACCUUCGAGGCCUGUCGCCAGAUCAACUGAGCGCGGCAGGCCAGGCUGAGCCCGCCCGCCCUCACCCCCUGCUUGUGCGGCGAUGAUCUGUUUUGUGCGUCUCUUCUCUCCCUUUUCCCCAGGAAUGAACCGAGGCCGUCGCCCCUGCACACGCACACGCACACAGCCUGGUUUUGUCCUCAUGCACACGAAGCAGCCCCUGCUCCCAUCUGUCCCUGAGGAAGCCCCACUUCUCUGUAGGAGCCCGGACUCUCUCAGGCGUGCCCCAUUCACAGCUAAAGUGGGUGCUGCAACGUUUUGAACAAGGCAGAAGUAGGUGAGAGGAUCUGUGUGUGUGUGUCUACAUGUGUGUGUCUACGUGUGUGUGUGCGUGGCUGGGGGAGGCCUUUUCUUUGAGGACGUACUUCAUUUCCUUCUUUCUUUUGGCUUUGGAAAAAUUUCAUGAUGAAAAUUCAUAUUUGCCAACUUGGUUAGCUGCGCGCGUGCCUUGGGGUUGGUGCAACCUCAGUACACGCAUUUGUCUUUGUUUGCAAACCUUUUUCAGAGCAACAUAUCUUUAUAUUGAUGUAAUAAAUGUCUUUUAGUGGUUUGUCAAA